UUGAUGUAUACUGUAAAGACGUAGAUUGAAAACGUGGAAAAUGAACAUGAUGCAUUUACAUGUAUGUUUCGGUAGCAGCUGAUAAGAAUGUUCAAACAUUAAAAAACUGAUUAUAUAGCAUGCGACAAUACAUAAGAAUACAUAGUAUCAGAGGAAAAACACACCGGAUAAGUACCAGAGCAUUAACCUAGACUCCGAGAUGACCAACUUGAGUGCAGCGUGUCCACUUCAUCUGGGCGAGCCGCACGACAAGUCCGGGGUGGAGCCGGUGCUUGAGCGCUACGAGUCGGCGCUGCUGAUGAUUCUCGGCUUCGGCGGCUUCUCCAUCAUCCUGGCGCUGGUGCAUAACGCAGUCCGGAAGCACAUUUUCCACGACGAGCACAACCUGGACACAACGUUCGACGCUGGCGGAAACGUCUCCCUCAGCCUGACGGCGGUCACCGUCGCUUCACAGCUUAUCUGGCCUGGGGACAUUCUCCACAGCGCGACACUUACAGCUAAGAACGGCAUAGCUGGCCCCUUUUGGUAUGCGGUGGGGAUUAUCUUCAAUAUAUUCAUUUUCCCAGUGUUCUCCGUCCAGUUCAAAACACGAGCACCGGGAGCAAAAACAUACUUGCAAAUCAUCCACGCCCGAUUCGGUCGCAAGGCGCAUGUUGUCUUCUGCUGUUUUGCGUUGCUUACCAAUCUUGUCAUCACCAUCGGCAUCCUUCUGGCCGGUCGGGCAACCAUACAAUCUCUUACCAAGAACGCCUCGGAUGAAUUCACACUCCUUACAAUGGCGGUUUUAUUCGGCUCCUAUUCGCUGAUCGGCGGCCUAGGGACUACUUUUUACGUGUCGUAUUUUAACGCCUGCCUUGUCUUCAUUUUGCUGAUCGUGUUCGUGGUAAAGAUCUGGCACAACACAAACAAGGACUACAGCUCUAUUGGCAACGUGGAGCGCAUGUUUACUGCCAUCUCGUGCAUCAAGGGGCCGGAAGAGAACUAUGACAACAGUUACCUCACAUUCCGGUCGGGAGUGGCUUUCUUGUUCGGCGUUAUCGAGGUGUUCGUUUCCUCCGCUGUGACGUACUGCGACCAGGCGUCCUGGCAGUCGCGUAUCGCGGCCAAGCCCACCCAGGGCGUGUACGGGUUCCUACUGGGCGGGCUCAUGUGGUUUGCAAUCCCCAGCACCAUGGCGACAACAACCGGGCUCGCCUACCUCGCACUGAGCGCGGAGAACAAGACCAACCUCCUCACGCAUGGCCAGAUCGACGAAGGUUUGGUAACGCCACUGAUUGCGGAGACGGUGCUGGGGAGCGCCGGCGGAAUCCUGAUCCUCACGAUGGGCGCCAUGGCGCUCAUGUCCACUGGGUCAGGCGAGGUGAUGGCCAUGUCCUCCAUCAUCGUCUAUGACAUCUACCAGACUUACAUCAAACCUUUCAGACGAGGGUUGACAGAAGUAGACUGUGUCCUGUGCGGGAAGAAGAAAAAAGACAUCGUGAGGAAGAAAAAUGUGGCGAACCAGUCUAACAACCGCUGUGAGUGCCCGGAUGUUUCAACGUGUCAGCCAUGUAAAGACGACAGGCGAGCUAGAAGCGGAAAAUCCAGCAAUGCGACUAAACCCCCCUAUACUUGCUCCACCCACGGGCGCUACAGAGAGUACGAGGACGGUUUGAUCGGGUUCAAGGAUUGGUGCAUUGUCAUGGUGACGAUAUCCAUCAUCCCGCUAGGUCUCGUCGUGUUCGAGACCGGGAUUGACCUCAAUUGGAUCUUCUACAGCGGCGCCAUAGUGACAAUCCCGUGCUUCCCACCGGUCAUACUCUCCAUUAUCUGGGUCAAGGCCACCGGGAAAGGUCUCAUUUCAGGUGGAGCUGUAGGGUUGGUUUGCGGCAUAACCGCCACCCUGGUUACAGCGUCCUUUUACGAUGGCGGCCUCGGGAACUUCCUGAAAAACACUGUCCAGAACUACGCCAUAUUGGCGGGCACCUGCUCCAGCUUCGGAGCCAGCUUCCUAUGUUGUAUUUUAGUUUCGAUUUUCACGCACAAUAUCAAAUCGGUGGACGAUGAGAAUUUAGAGUGGCAGAAAAUGUAUGACAUUGAGAACCCGCUUAAUCCGUGGGAGUUUAACUAUAGGGAAGAGCUAAAGGGGCUGGAAUACGAUGGGAAACCGACGUUCGAACAAAUGGCGAUGACGUUUCGGCGAGCCAAGUACACGGCCUACAUCGGCGGGGUGCUAUGCAUAGUCGUGUUCGCGGUAGUGAUUCCCGGCGUCAUGGCGAUGUUUCCUAAGAUGGAUCUCGUGCAGUUCUCGGUCUGGAUCUGGGGCACGCAGAUCUUCGCCGUCGUAAUGGCGGUCAUAGUGAUCGUCGCGCCGAUGUACGAGGAGAUCCGAAAAAUCAUGAAGGAGUACCGGAAGUCGGCCUGUAUAAUGAACGGCGGCUACGGGCAGAUGCAGAUAAUCACCGCAGAGAGACACGACGCAGACGAUGGUAAGACGCCGGUAACCAACGUGUAGGAACAGUGCCGAUAACGUCAUACUCGAAAAGGCCUCCUGUAUUUUUCAUUCGUGUGACGUCCGAAACUUAGUGAAUAAUUAAAUGUGAACACGAGUCAUAUUGAUUCUCUUGUUCACUAAAUAAAAAUAAAUGAUUUCAAAUGUUUACUUCCAAACUGAAGCAAAGGGUUGCCUGCGAUUUGCAUAUACUUUUUCGGCAAUGUAUGCAAAAGAGCAUACGUCAAACUUUCACAUUUGUAUUGUUUGCUGUUUUUAUACAGAGCGCAUCUCAUUGAUAUAAUAUUUUAUGUAUAGUCUAUUCGUAAUACAUUUAAAAUGCGUUAGAAAUCGGGGCGACGGCAGGAUAGAUAAGUCGAUGACUGUGAUGUAAGUAAUUUUCAUGAAAGUUAGAGUAUAAAUAGGCGAAUAUGGUCGGAUUGCGUAAUAUCAUUUAGUGAAACACUUGCAUGUAGUAUUGUUUGAAGCGACAUCGAUUUUGUCUGUUUUAAGUGACGCUUAAACGCGCAAGAUCGACUUUAUUGGCAACGUAAUUUAUUUAAUGCGAGUUUUAACAUAUACAUGACGCUGUGCUGAUAUUUUUUCAUUGGAUAUAAUACGACAUAACCUGCCAUUGUGUGUCUGCGUGAAAAAAAAUGUAGCGUUAACUGCGUUCAGUGAUUGAACUAUGAGCAUAAAAAAGCAAUGACGUUGAAUAGUAUUAUCGCUGUCGUGUUGGCUUGUACCCGCGCUUCUCAGUCGAUCCGGGUUCAAUCUCGCUUCUUGUUCAUGUAAGCUUGGUCUGUUGUCGACAUACUGGGCUGUCGUGAUUCCCUCCGGGCACUUUGGUUUCCCCAGUAGCAUAAGGCGACACUUUAAUCAAAUGUCAUUCAUAAAUAUAUAGAAAAUGCAUCUUUAUUUCAAAUUUGGUCCCAACUGUUAAGUCAGGUAAGUUUAUGAGGCAGUCCUAGUGAUGAGGCGCGUGCCCUGUUCUCGGCCUCAGGCAAGGAAGAACAUUAUAAACUUCGAAUACAUACACUCAUUUAUAAAACUUGUUUACCGUGGUAUUUUACAUUAACUUGCUUUUAUCGAAUUGCUGGUUAAGUACACCAUCAUUUACCUAUUGCAGAAUGUUGAAAUUAAUAGUACUUUUUAAGAGUAAAAUACAUUAAACACAUUUAUGGAUCAUUCAUAUUUGUAAUAAUACUUGUAUUAAUUUACUCAUACACAUUGAAAUCGACAUAAUAAACGAGUAUUGUUUUGCACAAAGUAGUGUAAUAUUACUGUUUUAUCAUAUUAUCUCACAUGAUAGUUGCAAUAAUUCAACUCUCAGCUUUAUAACCCAAUGGUUAGCUGAUAGUUGCAAUGCGCCGGCUCUUGCCCAUGGGUGCAAAAUUUAAUCAACAAUGCAAUGGUUAAGGAACACUGAAACUGCAAGAUCUUAUCAACGUUUACCUGUCUAAACCACAAACUCAUACGAAUGGUACCAUUAAAACAAUAAAUAAUUGCUUUUUAUUGACAUUGUUUUGCUUUCGUACGCUGUAUCCGCCAUAUUGGAAAAUUAACCCAAUAUUGGUUAGGUCGCAGUACACCAAUAUUUUGCACGUCGGGUUAUAUGUUGGAGUCUACAAAGUCGAUAACGAUGUGUUAUUCGAUACAGAAUACACUGUUUCAAAUUUAAACAUAAAACAUGUCAGCGAGUAAAGUGUUGAAACAUCGUCGUGUUUUUAUAGGGUGCAUGCAAAGGAUAACAUCCGUAGGUUGCCAUUCAGGUAAAUUUAACAUGUUUAUGAAGUUUAUUCAUUAUUUUCCUCAAUUUGUCUCGAACGACGUCUGUUUAGUGAAGCGCACGGAUUCUCUGCGCUGAACUGCACCCAUGUUUAUGAUGGGGUGCAUAUGGACUGCCAGAGCCGCCAUAGCAAAAAUUAUCAAAGGCUCUGGCAGUCCGUUUAUAUGGACUACUCACAUGGGUGCAUAGUGUACGUUUCACAUGUUAUUUCAAAUGCACUAUUAUAUGCCUCUAUUGAUAUGAUAUGAGUUUCAUUGUCUGCAGUCUGCACGUUUUCACAUGUAUACCUUAAUUGUUCGCAAAUACAGCAGGUUCAUCAGCUGUCAAUUACAAAGAAAUACAUACAUGCUUGUUCAUGCAUGUACAUUGAAUGCAUAUUUAUAAGGAUAUUGGAUCUCAUAAUGCAUUAUGCAAAAGGCCAUUUUAUUCAAUUUAAAGUAAAUGUUUAUCAAGGGAAUCGCAAUUUUAUAAAGAAUAUUCGCAUUACUAUGAGUUCAAC